CUGUUCCGAAGACAAAACCGCGUGCACAACACUUAUGAAGCACAGUCAGAGUUCAUGCAGAAGUUUGGCCACGGAAACAGCGUUUCUGAACCUGCACCUGCAUCAGCAGAUGCUGCCACCGAGGGGUCGGCUAACAAGGAUUUCUUGAGCACUUGGACCAUCGAUGCUUCGCAGGAUCGCUAUUACUAUUGGACUGUCGUGGUAAGAUUAUUUAUACCAUAA